GACUUUUUAAAAAGACAGCAAAAUUUCCUUCCAACUUCCACCUAUCUCCAUCCUUUUUAUUCAAAGUAUAUAGUAGCCCCUGAACUGCUGCGGCCAAAGCGAGUGGCUGCCCACGAUUUUUAUCACUGAUCUCUCACAAUCCGUCUGCUUCUCUCGCUCUGCUCUCAGCCAGCCAACUAUAGCAGCCUCUCUUUCUUCUCCCCUCCACUUCACCCACUUGUGCCUUCACAGAUUCCACUGAAACUGGACACUGGUAGUUUGGUUUGGCUGAAUUGAGUUGAUUUGGGAAAUAAGGCUAUUUGAACAAAAGAAAUGCAUCAGAGAGGACUGUAAUCGGUGUUAAAGGAAACAUAUCCAAAUCAAAUCAGGCUUCGAGCAGCAGAUAUUUUUUGAAGCAUUUUUGAGAAUAUCAUGGAAGACACAAGCAAGGUUGGCCGAAGUGGGGAAAGAGGCCUCAAACUUCAUGAGUUAAAUGGGUUAGUAGACCAGACAACUAGUCCAUUAAGAAAAGAUGUAGUUAACAGGUCAUCUUUUUCAAUGAAGUCUCAUGAAAAUGAUGAAAUUGACUUGGAAGGCGGCAAGUUAGAAAAGGACAGAGACAAAAUGGCACGUAGUAAUAGGGUCUUUAAAAUACAAAAUCAAGCCUUAUUAUCUGGCCUUGCAUAUUGCAUUUCCUCCUGCAGUAUGAUACUAGUGAACAAGCUUGUGCUUUCCAGCUAUGAUUUUAAUGCUGGGAUAUCUUUGAUGCUGUAUCAGAAUCUUAUCUCCGUGAUUAUUGUAUCAGUAUUGAGUUUUCUGGGCAUAAUAUCAACUGAACCACUUACCUGGCGACUGAUUAAGGUCUGGUUGCCUGUGAAUGUUAUAUUUGUUGGAAUGCUGAUUACAAGCAUGUUUAGCUUGAAAUAUAUUAAUGUUGCCAUGGUCACAGUCCUGAAGAAUGUUACUAAUGUGAUAACUGCUCUCGGUGAAAUGUAUCUGUUCAGUAAGCAUCAUGAGAGCAGAGUAUGGGCGGCUCUGUUCUUAAUGAUAAUUUCGGCAAUUUCAGGAGGGAUUACUGAUCUGUCUUUUCAUGCUGUUGGCUAUGCAUGGCAGAUCGUCAAUUGUUUUUUAACUGCAUCUUAUUCUCUGACUCUACGCAGGGUCAUGGAUACAGCAAAGCAAGUCACCAGAUCUGGAAACUUGAACGAGUUUUCAAUGGUUUUGCUAAAUAAUACCCUAUCAGUGCCUUUGGGAAUUAUUCUAAUUUUUGUUUUCAACGAGGUCGAAUAUCUCUCCAGAACACCACUCUUGAGGCUACCUCUCUUCUGGCUGGUAAUAACAUUAAGUGGUUUUUUGGGUCUGGCAAUCAGCUUUACCUCUAUGUGGUUCCUCCAUCAAACCGGCGCUACCACAUACAGCCUUGUGGGAUCACUGAAUAAGAUUCCCCUGUCAAUUGCUGGAAUCCUUCUAUUCAAAGUACCUACGAGUUUGGAGAACUCUGCAAGCAUCUUUUUUGGUUUGCUGGCGGGAGUAUUUUUUGCGCGAGCCAAAAUGCAGCAGAGAUCUUAGUCUCGAAUACCGUGACAUCUAUAUAACUGCAGUACACUUGAUAAAAUUGUCUACUUGGUUGAACUGUCUGUUCACUUGUAUACUUCAUGGCAAUGGCAAAUCAGUUGAGCAGUUCACAUUGAUAUGGACAAAACAUGGAGAUUUUUCUAUCCAUUCAGCCGAAUGCUGAUACAUGCUGAAAACUCCAUGGUUCAGUGAAAAAAGGAUUCUGCCAGUUUUAUUGUAAUGAAAGAAGCUGCCACUUCAAUGUUUAGCCAGUACUUUGUAUGGGCAGCUCAUCUUUUUCUUUUUGUAUUAGGUGUUCUAGUCUUUGAGGAUUCUCCUUGUACUGUUGGUAUUUAUGAUUGAGGUAUGGUCAAGUUUUGUAAAAUUUUAACUAAUUAAUUACUUCUGAUCUUGUAGUUUCUUGGU